AUGGCUACGUACCCAAUGGCUGGAUUACUCAAAAACAUUCCACGCAUUCCGCGUAAACAAAAGCACAAUGGCUGGAUGACUCACAUGCAUAAAAACACAUAGAAAGCAACUGACAUGUAUAUAGAGAUGGUCUUUACAGACUACAGUUGCCCACUCGCCAUUGUAUUGAGAGUAGGCUGCAAGCUUUUAGUUUGGAGAACGAGUUAACAUUGUAUCAACAAGUAUAUGACUAUCUACAAAAUGACAAAUAUCCGGAUGAGUUUAGCAAAUCCCAAAAACGCGGCUUGAGAUGGAGAUCCCAAGACUUUGUUGUUCAAGACGGGGUAUUAUUCUAUCAAGGAAAAAACAAGGAAUCUCAACCACGACGCUGGAUAACGGAGCUUAAGCAAAAGCAACAGAUAUUAGAAGGAUAUCAUUCAAGUCAACUAGCUGGACAUUUUGGUCGCGACAAGAGAAGAGAGAAGGCGAGUAAGCUUUUGUUUAUAUGAAAAGAUAUAUAUAAGGAUUGUUUUUUUGCUUCUUUUUCUUUUUGAUGAUGUAUGUAGUAUAUAGAGUUGUAUACUUACGUCUUCUUCUGUUUCUAAAAUAAAGGUUGGGACAAGGUAUUACUGGUUAUCUGUUAUCGAAGACUGUGCCGAUUUUGUAAGAACCUGCAACAUAUGUCAACGCAAUAACAAGCAUUUCAAGAAGUCGUCCACUCUCCAUCCCAUUCCAGUUAAGAACAAAGUAUGGCAUCGCAUUGGAAUUGACCUUAUUGGACCUUUACCAGAAGUAUGUGAUUUGUCUUGAUCAUAAAACAUCAGUUUGUUUUUGCUGUUCAUAUUCCUAUUUAAUUUUUAUAAUAUUGUUCAAAUUCCUAGACACAUCGAGGUAAUAAGUAUCUCAUGACUUGCACUGACAGCUUCAGCAAAUGGCCAGAAGCGAAACCUUUAAAAGACAAAACGGCUAUUGGCGUAGCAGACUUCCUCUACGAAUUACUGACACGAUAUGGAGUAGCUGAAGUUAUCAUCUCCGAUCAGGGUCGAGAGUUUGUGAACCAGAUCAAUGAAGAGCUCUUUCGUUUGACAGGAACUGAUCAUAGAAUUAGUUCAGCAUACCAUCCCCAGACUAAUGGUCUAGAUGAGCACAUGAAUCAAACAAUCAAAACUUGUCAUUUCAAUGUUAUUUCCAAUUGCUUGGCAAAGGGAUUUUACAAACUUGUCAAAGAUGGAAAGGAGUUGAAGAAGUCAUACAAUGGUGUUCGGCUGAAGAAAUAUGCUAAACCAUCAACAGUAAACGAUGCAGCUGGCUCGAGAAGCAAAGAUACUGUUAAUCCAAAUGUUUGGUUACCUGGACUUGGUCUCACUGCGAAAGAUAAGGAGACUAUACAGAACAAUUCAAAGCUUGACGACAAAGUUAUUAAUGCUGCACAGACGGUCUUAAAGCAGCAAUUUCCUAGUAUCUCUGGUUGA